AUGCCCGAUUCCACGCCCCAGACCACCGACUCGAGCACCCCAAAAGUUGGCGCCCCUAAAGACAAGAACUGCCCCUAUUGCGGUCAAGCCUUCACCUCGUCCUCGCUCGGCCGCCAUCUCGAUCUGUACAUCAAGGAGAAGAACCCGAAGCCCCCAGAUGGCAUCCACGAUGUCGACGCUAUCAGGAAGCUGCGCGGCGGUAUCACAAGACGACAGCCGCGAGGUUCGCUGGGCGGGAGGCGGGAUGCCUCGACUCCAGUGGGAACCCCCAAGGGAGCUGUCAAGAAGGACACGCCCAUCCCCGAAAGUGACGGGUUCCGAUCACCCGCAAUUGCCAAGGAGAACCAGCUCGUAGUUGAUACGACCAUGAAAUAUUCGGGCCCCUUCCAGCCAACCUGGGAAGCGACGGGAGUCAUGAAUGAUAUCCCCAAGAGAGGCAGCUGGGAGGGCGACGCCACACCCGAGCCUAUGAAGCGGCCCGGUAUGCAGCGCACCGUGAGCAAGCAGGCCAUUCAAAAGGCCCAAUUCGACGUCAAACAGAAGCUGUCGGAUGCCAUGGACACGGCACGGGCUGCGGAGCUCGCACUGCGGGAGCUCCUCAGCUCUUGGAGGGCGGCCAAGGUGCAGCUCGACAACAACUCGAUGCCGUUCGACUUCGACCCCCUCUCCCUCGACUUCCCUGCCCUUACCCUCCAAUGCCUGCAGCCGCCCCCGACCCUCUUCUCGUCCACUCAGCAUCCCACGUCGACAUCAUGGUCCGUCCAAUCUCCCGGCCAGCGCGAGUUCGACGCGCUCCAGGCCUUUUUCAAGGAAGAAUUCCGAGCCUGGAAGGUUACAUGUACCUCUUCCACCACUGCUGUUAUGGAAGAGUUCACGUACCCUCCAUCCGCAGGCAACUUCCGAGACGUUCGCGAGGCGGUCCGAAAAGCGGAAAAGACUGCCGAGCAGCUCGAGGCGCAGGUUGACGAACACUUGCAAUCAGCAUACACAGUCUGGGAGUCAUUGCCAGUCCAACGGCAACAAGAGCUCUGGGUACUAGAAUUAGCCCGCGGUGUGGGCAGGAAGCAUAAGGAGGCCGAGAAGAUGAAGGAGCAACACCACAGACUCAAGCAAGAGAAUGCCAACCUCAAAUCCCAGAUUGAGCAACUCAACAAGCUACAACAACCCAGAGAAUUCAAGCUUGCGACUCCAGUUACUGUUCCCUUGGAGCGGGAGUUGAUUGCUGCUGCUUAUGAACAGGCAGUCAAUGGUGGAAAGGCGCUCGGCUUUGCAAUGGAGGACAGUCAGGUUGAUCUCAGCUCAGUAGUCUCACGCUCCAUCGAGCGAUGGAAGAGCGUCAUCGCUUCGUCCAGAGCCAGUUCGACCGGAAUGGGAGCCCAACGAUCUUUAGACCAGGCCACCCCAACUCCAGCACCUCCUACCGUCAAUGGCACUCAACACCCGACACCUCAAGUUCAGACGCCAGCGCCGCCCCAGAUCCAAACACCACAACAGAUGCAACCGCAGCAACCACAACAGCCAUCACAACAGCAGACUCAACAAUCGCAACAACAACGACCACAGCUCGCCAAGCGCUUAUCGACGACGAGCAUCAACGGUGCGCCUAGCGAACAAGCUUCUCGCACAACUUCUACAACCGGCCCGCCAUCCAUCGAGGAGACCAGCGACCAGGAUGCUGACGCCGAGAUGGAGGAUGAUGACAGCUUCGCCAUCAUGAACACCUCUCCUGUCAAACCCCAACCACCAAUUCAACAGCAAGCGACCCUUGAGGUGCCGCGGACGAGAGGGCCCGUUCAACAGCGAGGCGCGCAGGAUCCCCGGUUCAUGAUGCCCAACGGGACAGGAAGCCCCGUCGGGCGGACAGCGAUUAACAUGAGCCGUUCUAUGCCCAACAUGAAUAUGGCGAUGCAGAACGGAGCCAUGCAUGGGGCGGACAUGGCAAUGGCCAUGCAAGGGGUCCGCGGAGACCCCAUGUACCUGGAAUAG